AUGAGCCUCGCCCAGACCUACUUCCUCGCUCAAUUAGCCCGCCAGAAGCUUCUGCAAGCUGCUCGGCGGGCAGACAGAGACCUCCGGAUCCUCGCUGCACACGCAAACCUGCUCGAUGGCCUCAUGGCCGAGCUGGCAGAGGCAGAAGACGAGCAGGAGGACUGGUUCAAUCAGUCCGUCAGCUAUGCGAACACAGGGAGCACUACCACUACCGCCACCAAAGGCGUUCAAGUGACGGAGAGGGAAUGCCCUACCUCCGGCUUCGACUUUGACAGCGAGGAUGAAGAAGACGAAGAAUACGAGUCCGACAACAUCUCUACCUCCAGCUCAGAGAGCGGAGAAGACGUCGUCUUCGUCCUUGACGUCCACAACCGCGGAUCCCAGACGAAAUCUACCUUCACACGCCUCUUCGACGACAUAGAUCCCAGAGAACUAGACGACAACUCGGACGAUGAAUCAGACUACCUAAACUACACUCGAGAGAACAUCCAACAGCCUCCGGAACUCCUCCACGACCCAGAUGACGAGUCAGAAGACGAGAGCCACCCGCCUUCUCCCAAACGAGAUAGCUUCGAUUACUUUGCCGGCUCCGAAGCUGUAGAUGAGACAGUGACGAGACCGUCGAUACAGAAGGAGCUGGAGACGGUCCCUUCCAAGGACGAUGAAGAUGAUGUGCCGCUUCUAGGAUUCUGUUUUUCUCCCCCUCCGGUGUUCGUGGGAUAG